AUGAAGCCGAAUGUGCAUCUGAAGAAGAUUCUUGCAGUGGAUGUGUCGGUGGAGCUUUCAUAUGCUAAGGCGGAGAUAUGCCUGUUCAAUAUUGCAAGAGUAGUGAGGAGGGCAAGAGAGCGAGAUGUGAGGAUGUGUGGGGUAAGGAAGAUGUAUGGACUCUUGCAUUCGAAGGACAGGAUGGUGAAGCUCCUAGCACUGAAGCACCUUGAGAGGAUUUGCAAGCAUGUGGAUGAGAUAGACACGCAUGUUCUGCACAUGUUUUACUCUACAGACAGUGUGAUUAAUGACAUUGUGGUCAGGUAUGUGGGAGUAUUUUCGCGGUUUUUCAAAGACAACGAUGCGGUAUUUUAUCAUGUGUACAAGUCGACGAGCAAAUACCGUAGCAUGGCAAUGCGGGCACUUAUAGAGCAGUCGUGCAGAUAUGGGAGGUAUAGGGAAGGAUUGGAGGAAGCCAGUGGGCAGUUGGGAGUGAUUGAUGGAGUGUUCAGAAAUGCACCGGAAGAGUAUUUUGGCAGAUGCAGUCUCCGGGAGCUUGUAAUGCUUGCAGUAAGGUAUCCUUGUCUUGUGAAGUAUUUGAAGUUCAGCAAUGAGUUUUUGCUGGAUGAGCUGAGGAAUCGAGACAGAUAUGCUCGUGGUGCAUUGUGCAGGAUGAAGGAGGUGCUUGGAGUUAAAGAGCAUGCGGGUACAGAAUGGAGUAAGUUCUGGAGGAGCGUUAGACUUAUGAGGAAUGGGGAUUUUAGGAGUGCUGUUGAAGUUCUAAGCGAGAUGAGCAGGCUUUGCAUCAGUGCGAAGUUCAAGACGAUGUUUUUGGUGUAUGUGCGAAGGAUGCUGGAUGCGAUGGGGAGGCAAGAUGACCGGGAGAUUGUGAUUUGUGAUGAGUUUGAAGCGCAAGUGUACGGAAUGAAAUGCAAUGCGGUGUACAGGAUGAUGAACAAGAUGUUUGAGAAAGGGAUGCAACGGAUGAAUGCAGGGGAGCGGUAA